AUGAGCACUACUCCGCUGCUCCGCCCGCCUAGCCCCCUGCCGCCGCCCGGGGCUGCUGCUGCUGCUGCUGGCGGCGGCGUUGCCUUCCACCUCCAGAUCGGGCUGAGCCGGGAGCCAGUGCUGUUGCUGCAGGACUCCUCGGGGGACUUAAGCCUGGCCCACGUCCGGGAGAUGGCUUGUUCCAUCGUCGAUCAGAAGUUUCCUGAAUGUGGUUUCUUUGGCAUGUAUGACAAAAUUCUCCUCUUCCGGCAUGACCCUACCUCUGAAAACAUUCUCCAGUUGGUGAAAUCAGCUGGGGAUAUCCAAGAAGGAGACUUAGUUGAAGUUGUCUUAUCAGCUUCUGCUACAUUUGAAGACUUUCAAAUCCGACCCCAUGCUCUUUUUGUUCAUUCUUACCGUGCACCAGCCUUUUGUGACCAUUGUGGAGAAAUGCUGUGGGGACUGGUGCGUCAGGGACUCAAAUGUGAAGGAUGUGGUCUAAAUUACCAUAAGAGAUGUGCAUUUAAAAUUCCUAACAACUGCAGUGGUGUACGUAAAAGGCGCCUGUCAAACGUUUCCUUAACAGGACUCAGCACUAUUCGAACAGUUUCUGCAGAGACAUCACCCAGUGUGUCGGAUGAAGCCCUUCUGUCUCCUGUUAGCCCUGGCUAUGAGCAAAAAACACCAUCAGAAUCGUUCGCUGGACGAGAGAAAAGAUCGAAUUCACAAUCCUACAUUGGGCGACCUAUUCAGCUUGACAAGAUCCUACUUUCUAAGGUUAAAGUGCCUCAUACGUUUGUCAUCCACUCUUACACACGGCCAACAGUUUGCCAGUACUGUAAGAAGCUUCUUAAAGGGCUUUUUAGACAGGGUUUGCAAUGUAAAGACUGCAGGUUCAAUUGUCACAAACGCUGUGCUCCUAAAGUACCAAAUAACUGUCUGGGGGAAGUUGCCAUUAAUGGCGAUCUCCUUAGUCCCGGGGCUGAGUCUGAUGUGGUCAUGGAAGAAGGAAGUGAUGACAAUGACAGUGAAAGAAACAGCAGUUUUAUAGAUGACAUGGAAGAAUCUAUAGCUCAUGACUCUGACAUAUCAAUGACGGGAUCCCAUAGUGACAUUGGGGAAAUGCAGGAUCCUGAUCCAGAUCACGAUGAUUCUAACAGGAUGAUCAGCCCUUCAACCAGCAACAAUAUUCCAUUGAUGAGAGUGGUACAGUCUGUGAAACACACAAAAAGGAGAAGUAGCACAGUAAUGAAAGAAGGUUGGAUGGUUCACUAUACCAGCAAAGACACACUGAGAAAGCGACACUACUGGAGACUAGACAGCAAAUGUAUUACUCUUUUUCAAAAUGAUACUGGAAGCAAAUAUUAUAAGGAAAUUCCAUUGUCUGAAAUUUUCUCUCUGGAACCUGCAAAAACUUUCACUUUACUGCCUCAAGGAGCCAAUCCUCAUUGUUUUGAGAUAAGCACAGCAAAUAUAGUCUAUUAUGUUGGAGAAAAUAUAGAAAACCUCUCAAGUGUUCCACUGAAUAAUGGUGUUCUCACUAGUGGUACUGGCAUAGAUGUGGCAAGAAUGUGGGAGAUGGCAAUACAGCAUGCCCUGAUGCCUGUCAUCCCUAAAGGGGCAUCACUGGGGACAGGACCCAACCUACACAGGGAUAUAUCCAUCAGUAUUUCUGUGUCAAACUGCCAAGUUCAAGAAAAUGUGGACAUCAGCACUGUAUACCAGAUCUUCCCAGAUGAGGUGUUGGGAUCAGGACAGUUUGGAAUUGUUUAUGGAGGAAAACAUCGCAAAACAGGAAGAGAUGUUGCCAUUAAAAUAAUAGACAAACUAAGGUUUCCAACUAAACAGGAAAGUCAACUUCGUAACGAGGUUGCAAUUUUACAGAAUCUUCAUCAUCCUGGAGUUGUAAAUUUGGAGUGUAUGUUCGAGACACCAGAAAGAGUGUUCGUUGUUAUGGAAAAACUCCAUGGAGACAUGCUGGAGAUGAUCUUAUCAAGUGAAAAGGGCAGAUUGCCAGAGAGAAUAACAAAGUUUUUAAUUACUCAGAUCCUUGUUGCUUUAAGACAUCUUCAUUUCAAAAAUAUAGUUCAUUGUGACCUCAAACCAGAAAAUGUAUUAUUAGCAUCAGCAGAUCCUUUCCCACAGGUAAAACUUUGUGAUUUUGGCUUUGCUCGAAUCAUUGGGGAGAAAUCCUUCAGGCGUUCAGUUGUAGGAACACCAGCCUACCUUGCUCCGGAAGUACUGAGGAAUAAAGGCUACAACAGAUCUCUGGAUAUGUGGUCUGUGGGUGUUAUCAUUUAUGUAAGCCUCAGUGGUACAUUCCCAUUCAAUGAAGAUGAGGACAUAAAUGAUCAGAUUCAAAAUGCUGCUUUCAUGUAUCCACCCAAUCCUUGGAAAGAAAUCUCUCAUGAAGCCAUUGAUCUAAUAAAUAAUUUGUUGCAAGUGAAAAUGAGGAAGCGCUACAGUGUGGACAAAACAUUAAGCCACCCCUGGUUACAGGAUUAUCAGACCUGGUUAGAUUUAAGGGAGCUUGAAUGUAAAAUGGCGGAGCGUUACAUCACCCAUGAAAGUGACGACUCUCGAUGGGAACAGUAUUCAGGAGAACAUGGACUGCAGUAUCCAGCACACCUCAUCAGUUCAAGUGCUAACCACAAUGAAAACACCACGCUACAAGAAACAGAAAUGAAAGCCCUCAGUGAGCGUGUCAGCAUCCUUUAAGUUGCAUCCCUAUAAUCUGUCAAAACACUGUGGAAUUAAUAAAUACAUACGGUCAGGUUUAACGUUUGCCUUGCAGAACUGCCAUUAUUUUCUGUCAGAUGGGAACAAAGCUGUUAUGCUGUUACACUGUUGAUGAAUCUGAGUUGCCAAGACAAAUCAACAGAAACAUUUUUGUGUGACCAACUGUGUUGUAUUUACAAAAGUUCCCCAGAAACACUAAACUUGUUAUUGUGAAUGAUUCAUGUUGUAUUUAAUGUAUUAAAACCUGUCUCCACGGUGCCUUUUCAAACUAGUGUUUUUCUUACUUGAGCCUCAUUUGGUAAGAGAACUUUCCCAUGAAGAUCUGUAUUUUUUUGUUUGUUGUUGUUUUUUUGCAUCAUUAGUUUUGUAAUUGUAAGCAAACUCUUGAAGAGUAGGUUAUUACUGCUGUUCUGUGAACAACUACUACUAUUUGGAUAAAAGCUUUAUUUAGUGUAGGGGAAAAAAUAGAAAAAAAAAAAAACAAAAACCAACAGAAAACAAAAACAAAAAAAAUCCAACAGAAUGCAUAGCACUGUACAGUUCCAAAUCAGAUAACCUAUGUGUAUGUGCUUGUGUAUAUAAAUAGGCACACACACAAGGUACAACCUGCUAUUAAGCCUAAAUGCCUUAGUAACAUUAACUGCAGCAUAUGCCAGUUGUAUUUUGCUUUUUCUCAAAAUAUUCUUCUCUAAUAGGAAUAUUCAGUAAUAUGUACAUUCAGAACCUAAGUAACAUGUUGACUUUGUGUAUGUUUUCAAUAAAAGUCUUAUUAAAAUAUCUCA